CUGAUUUCUUGAUCACUUCCUGAUGAAACUGAAUAUCUUCACUGAGAAGAAGUCACAUGUUCACACUGCUCGAGUGAGCUCCAGAUGAGACAUCAACAGAAGGCACGAACUGAUGAAUGUUCAUCAGGAUGUGGGUUUUCAUUGUGUUUUUCAUCAGUGUUAAAGAUCUCGUGAAUGGUAAUCAGGAAGAGGUAAAGACAGUGAUGGAGGGAGACGUUCUGACUCUACAUACAGGAGCUCAACUGAAGAGAGACUCUGAGACAAUGUGGUUUUUUAAGAGUGGCCGACUUACCACCCGUAUAGCACAGAUAAAUAAUGGAAAACUUUUUACCAGUUUUGAAGACAGAUUUGCUGGCAGAUUGCAUCUUGAUCAAGAGAGUGGAUCACUGACCAUUUGGAAUAUCAGUACCAGUGAUUCUGGACUUUAUGAAGUAUCAUUCACCAUCACGUUACACAUCUCUGAGAAGAAGUUCAAAGUUAAUGUAUAUGCACCUGUCUCUGUACCUGCUAUUGAGUGCAACUCAUUGGUUACUGUGCACCAAUCUUCAGGCACUUUGAAGCAGCCAGGAGAAGUAGAAGAUUUCUGCUCUGUGUUCUGCUCUGUGAGAAAUGAUCGAGACGUGUUCAUCUCAUGGUAUAAAGGGGGUGAAAUGGUGAAUCAGACCAGCAAUCCUGAUCUCAGCAUCAAACUCAGUUUACCAUUAGAGCUUCAUUAUAAUGAUUCAGAGAUCUACAGCUGCACGGCUGAAAAUCCAGUGAGCAACAAGAGCGUCGGUCUUCACAUGAACGAGAUCUGCCAACGAUCUGAGGAUUGUCUGGAUCAUUGUGGCGUCACUGAAGCUCUGAUUCGACUGGUUUUGUCUGGUCUGGUGGGAAUCGCCACUGUUUUAUUUCUGGUUGAACAUGUGAGGAUCUCCUCGUCUCGGAGAAGAGCUGCUGCUGCUGUAUGAUGAUGAUAUAUUUUAAUGAGAGUUUGCAGGCUGUGAACUUUGAUAUUGAAAGAGGUUUGCAGGGUAAAGAGUUUAAAGUGUAAAGCACCUCAUUUAUUACUUGAGGUAAUUUAAAAAAUGUAUUUAGUUAUAAUACUACAAGUGGUAACCAAAUACAUUUUUUAAAUACAGAGAUAUUAUUUCAUAUUUCAUGGUGUCUCAAA